UGAGAAGGUCAGCGUCCGCGAACGUUGGGUUCAUACACGGCAACGCCAACUCCGAGUUUUUAUAUAAAAUAAAGACCAGGAGGCCGAUUCCACCAACCAAAUCAGACAACAGAGCACUCUUCUUCUCCUCCUCUCCUCCUCUCCCUCGACACAGAUUUCGCUCAUUAAAGAAAUAUGAGUGAAGAAAAUGGGAGCCCUGCUACCGAGAAGCGCCCUGUUCCACGGCUGAAUGAAAGGAUUCUCUCAUCCUUGUCAAGGAGAUCAGUCGCUGCGCAUCCUUGGCACGAUCUUGAAAUAGGUCCUGGAGCUCCUUCUGUUUUCAAUGUGGUUGUGGAGAUAACAAAAGGAAGUAAAGUUAAAUACGAACUUGACAAGAAGACAGGACUGAUUAAGGUUGAUAGGAUCUUGUAUUCAUCAGUAGUGUAUCCUCAUAAUUAUGGUUUCAUUCCUCGAACACUUUGUGAAGACAAUGAUCCAAUGGAUGUUUUGAUCCUCAUGCAGGAACCAGUCCUUCCUGGUUGCUUUCUUCGAGCCAGGGCCAUUGGACUCAUGCCCAUGAUUGACCAAGGAGAGAAAGAUGAUAAAAUCAUUGCAGUGUGCGCCGAUGAUCCUGAGUACCGCCACUACAAUGAACUCUCAGAGCUCUCUCCUCAUCGUCUUGCUGAAAUAAAGCGCUUCUUUGAAGACUACAAAAAGAAUGAGAAUAAAGAGGUUGCUGUCAAUGAGUUCUUGCCUGCAAAUACUGCUGUUGAGGCCAUCCAAUACUCCAUGGAUCUCUAUGCUCAGUACAUCAUGCAGAGCCUAAGGCGUUAGACUUGUUUUGUCUGGCUAUAAUUGUGAGCAAAGACGCAUAUGUUAUUUGUUCUAAAUCAGCGAUUUCAAGUUUUGCUGCAUGAAUUACCUGUGCAUGCUAAGAAGACGCUAUUUUUUUGUUAGCCAUUCGAUGAUGUACUCUGUUGCUUGAUUGUUUUAUGAUAUCAACUAUUCAUUUUAAGCUGUUUGGAUUGACAUCAUGGAUUCAUUUAUGGCUAAAUAAAUUGAGCUUCUUAUAUGUA